AGAUGGUUGCUCAUGUGACCUUUUCCGUUUCGCCAUUUUCCUCUUCUACACCGGCGCUCUUGCUGGCAGCUACGUUGUCGCCCCUUCCUAGUGUUUUAAAUUGUCCAAGGCUGACUGUGGGAAAAGGGGAAAACCUGACAGAAAAAAAGAUAAUCUGCCUUGUAGCUGUAUAGCCCCGAGAAAAGUGCUAGAAUGUCUUCUGAUGAGAGCCCCGAGUACUCGCCUUUCUUCGCUGUGAUGGGAGCUUCUGCGGCCAUGGUCUUCAGCGCAUUAGGUGCAGCAUAUGGGACAGCGAAGAGCGGCACAGGCAUCGCUGCCAUGUCCGUGAUGCGGCCAGAGCUCAUCAUGAAGUCCAUCAUCCCCGUGGUCAUGGCUGGUAUCAUAGCCAUCUACGGGCUGGUAGUGGCUGUGCUGAUAGCAAACAACAUCUCUGAGAGAGUCACCCUUUACAAGAGUUUCCUGCAUCUCGGUGCUGGUCUGAGUGUGGGCCUGAGUGGUCUGGCGGCCGGGUUUGCCAUUGGCAUUGUGGGCGACGCCGGUGUGAGAGGCACCGCCCAGCAGCCCCGGCUUUUCGUGGGCAUGAUCCUGAUCCUGAUUUUCGCCGAGGUGCUGGGGCUUUACGGCCUCAUCGUGGCCCUCAUCCUAUCUACAAAAUAAUAGGUGUCCGAAUCAAACACCAUCUCAUUCAUUCCACAUCAAAGCAGCAAGAACAAA